AUGUGAAGCAACGAGUUACUUUACCGGGCAAUUGGCCAAUGACAUGGAUUUCCCCUGACGAUGUCCUAAAAUGCUUUCCGUAGGCCAAAUCUGCCUACAGUCCUUUGUCUAAGUUGCCCGUCCUUCUUCCCAUAACUUUACUCAAACAAAACCUACAGUGGCCGCUAGGGGCGCAAUCGGGUCUAAAAUAAAGUAUGGGGAGUCUAGUUAAGCUGCUUGUGAGAGUGCAGAGGUCUGUGCCCGGAGCAGUGUGGGCUGUGAGGAGGCUCAGCUCGGAAGCCGGAGGCAAAGAAGUAAAUGCUACCCGACUACAUGGAAGCAAUGAGGGAAUUGCAGAAAUUGUCAUGUCCAGACCUCAUGCCCGGAACUCACUGGGAAAAGUGUUUGUCAGUGAGUUCUUUGAUACUGUUGACAGUCUUCGCCAUGACUCCAGUGUCCGUGUAGUGGUUGUUAAAAGUAGCACACGUGGCAUAUUCUGUGCUGGAGCUGAUUUGAAGGAGAGGGCAGAGAUGGACAAUGCGGAAGCCUCACUCUUUGUGCAGCAGCUAAGAAAACUUAUGAGUGAGAUUGCGGCACUUCCAAUGCCCACUAUUGCUGCAGUGGAUGGAUUUGCUCUGGGUGGUGGACUGGAAUUGGCUCUUGCUUGUGAUCUGAGGAUAGCUGCAUCUUCAGCUAAAAUGGGACUGAUCGAGACCACAAGAGGACUACUUCCAGGAGCAGGAGGAUCACAGAGACUUCCACGCCUGCUUGGAAUAGGCCUUGCCAAAGAGCUUAUCUUCACUGGUCGUCAGAUUGAUGGUACAGAUGCACAGCGUAUAGGGCUGGUGAAUGAUGCAGUGCCUCAGAACGAGGCAGGAGAUGCUGCAUAUUUGAGAGCUUUGGAGCUGGCUCAGGAAAUCCUUCCCCAGGCUCCAGUCGCUGUUAGAAUGGCUAAGCUGGCUAUGAACAGGGGCAUUGAGGUGGAUAUUGCAUCUGGAAUGGCCAUUGAAGCAAUGUGUUAUGGGCAGGUCAUUCCCACUAAGGAUCGACAGGAAGGAAUGUCAGCAUUUCGGGAGAAACGCCAGCCACAUUACACUGGUGAAUGAUGCCAGGAGAUUUCAUGAAAUCCUUUCUGCACAAAAGAAAACAAACUACAGGAACUUUGCCUUUUAUAUCCAGAAAUCAUUUAAUAUAUGUAUUGAUCAAAAAAGUAAACUGCUUUAUUAAAAACAAACUGAUAUCA